AGAAAUCAAUAUGUAUAUUCAAAUUAUGGACGAAGAUCCAAGAGCUGCUUCGUGUUUCGUGAAUCAAGUCUUUGAUUUCGAUGAAAAUGAUUCAAUGAUAAUUGACGAAAUAAAUACAAGCGAACGAAAAGAAAUUCUUAUAGCACCUAAUACAGAUUUGGAUUCAAAUGACUAUAUCUACAUUAAAGCUGUGGAAGAUAGUUUUGAUUUCAUUUAUCGUAUUCCAAGAAUCAACAAGACAACAAUAUGCAGAAUAAAUCAAAUGAAAAACAAUUCUGAGAAUAUUGCCUACUACCUUCACCUAGAAAAAAUGAAGGAAAAAGAUUUGUAUAGAUUCAUAUAGGAAUAAAUAACACUUUAAAAGUUAAUAAUUAUACUUUAAUGAAAGUAUUUCUGU